CAAAAUUAUGAAAUGGUUAUAAGGGAUUAUAAGAAAGGUAGAGUGGUUAUGGAAUCAACGCUGAGUCCGGAAUCCUCCGAUUCCGCAAAUGGAAUGACAGAGAGAGAGACAACAGAGGAUACAGCCUUAGCAGCGCAGUAUAGAAAAGUGUUCGAGAAAGUAUGGGCCGAGGUGGAAAGAAUUAUGGCAGAGAUGAAGGAACAGUUACUUAAGCAAUUAACUGAACCUUGGAGACCAUUGGAUGAUCAAGAGAGAACAAUAAACAUAUUAUUGGAGUUGGAUAUUCCCGAUGACCCAGUAUGGCAUUAUCUUGAUAGUCAAUAUAAUUAUAUUACUAAUUUGUUCAAGGAGACAUACAAGGAGCAAGUGGCUAAAAUAGAAGCUUUGAAAAAGUCGGUGAUAACGAAUGAUAUUGACAAACGGCAAGUAGCAAAUAAUCUUAAGGACACCAUUAAGAUUAUUAGCACACGUAAUUUUGAUGCACUGACAGCUCGCAAAUCAAUGGACGUGCAAAUAUGGCAAGCAACCCUCGUAAUAGUCAAAACACUUUCCGAUCUACUUCUUCGAUGCCUUCCCGACUUUUGGAAAUUAAGUAAAUCGUUCGCCGAGGGCAAAUUCCAAAAAAAUCAGACAGUUUUAUCAACAAAUCGUCGACGCCGCCAGGCAAUGGACUUGGACAAAGUGAAAGAAGCGCAGAAAAUGGCGAAAGGCGUUAUAGAUCUCUACGCACAGUUAUUAUCUGAUUUCUUUAAUCUUUCUUCAUCGACCGAAGAUCAGAACGGCACGUCGGAAUCGGUCCAAUCACCAUCGUCGAUAUCUUCAACGCCCCAUAAGAAUUCAUUUGUUCCGCCUCAAACUGACUCGGUCGUUGCUUGCUAUUUUUUGACGAAAAUUGUAAUGGAGAUGUGUGAAUGCGUGAAUGAUAUCAAUGCCAUUAAUGUCGCUGCUGAGGCUACUGUUGCAUUGUCAACACUUAUGGAACAAACGAGGUGGCGAUUUGUAGGAGUAUUGUGCGAUACAUGGAUUAAUGAUGCAACGAACUUUUAUUUGUUAGAAGACUGGACAUUGGACUCAGAUAAUCGAGAAAUCACUACGAUUCUGAGGACCUUUCACACAUUCCAUAAAUAUAAUUCACGAUGCGCAUUCAAGAUAGCAAGCUUGGGAUUUGUAUCAGACACUGAUGAGAGUAAAGGGGGUCCAAGCAUUCCGCCAGAAUAUCUUGAAAGAAUUAAAGGCGCAUUCUUUAGAUCAAUUGAAGCAUAUCUUGACAGUUUGCCAGAUAUUGCUUCUGAUGCAGCUGUGGAACGUGUGGAUAAUAAGACGAACGAGUCAAUAUUUAGACCUCGGAUAGACCCAACCGACUCGGAAGCGACUCUAUUACUGACCGUCAGCAAUUUGGCCAGUCUUAAGCAAUAUAUGAUCCCCAGACUUGUUUCGCAGUUUGAGAAUGCUUACAAAUGCAAAAUGGCUGCUGAAGUUUCCAGUAUAAAUGAGUAUGUGGAUCAACUUGACGAGAUAUUUUUUGCGGAUUACAUUCGUCUUAAGAAAGAGGCGGUUUCUGAAAUUAUCAGGAAAGGUAUCCUCAACAGUGGCAUUGAUUGGUACAACAUCGCAAAACCAACUGAGGUCCAUGCUUUUGUCUAUGAAGCUCUCUUGACUUUGGUAAUGGUCCACUCGCAGAUUAGUGAUGUAUCCAAGAUACUGGUCAAUCGUGCACUAUCUGAACUACUAGAUAGUAUGGUACAAGAUUGUUAUGACGCCUUUGGACAAGUCGAAAGAUUCGGAAUGGGUGGAAUGUUGCAGGCCGUACUUGAUAUAAAAGUAAUGGAUCAAAUACUUGCCCAAUAUGCCACUCCAAAGGCGCAAGAGAUAUUUACGAAUAUUUAUAAGAAAAUAGAAGAGCUGUAUGAUCCAUCUCAGAGAACCGGUAAUUUAGAGACGGAGUUGAACAGCGUCAGAGGGUUGUUG